CACUCCGAUACGCGCUGAACAAAACCCUUCUCGCUCCUCUCCUGGGCAAAUCGUAGGGCAAAAGGCCCCCCCCUUUCCCCGGACCCCACCCGGGCACGGCCGCGGGGGGGAGCGGCGGGGCCGGCCCACCGCGGGGAGGAGCAGCACCGCCCGCCCCACUUAAACGUCGCGGCCGUCGCGGCCCCGCCGGCGGGCCGGCCAUGGAGGCGGCGCGGGACUGUCUGGGCUCGCUGGUGCGAUCUUUGGUAUCCAUGGGAGCAUCUGUGGGAGCAGUAACAAAACAGACGCUGUUCCCUCCUCUCAUGCCUGCAGGGCGACCUUUCCGUGUGUCAAAUGCCUCCCGAACCAGCCGGAAAGGAAUUGUGGCAAGCAGUCUGCAAGAGCUCAUCAGCAAGACUUUAGAUGCCUUCCUUAUAUCUGCUGGAAUAGUUACUCUGGUUUUGGAGGAAGAUGGCACGGUUGUGGACACAGAAGAGUUCUUCAAGUCCCUGGAUGAUAAUACACACUUCAUGGUUCUAGAAAAAGGACAGAAAUGGACACAAACAAGGAAUGGAGUUGCUGCUGUGAGACAAAAGAAGAAAAUGGGAGUAGCCAACAUCACAUUUGAUCUGUACAAGCUGAACCCUAAGGAUUUUAUUGGCUGUUUAAACAUCAAGGCGACCUUCUAUGAGAUCUACUCUGUCUCAUAUGACAUCAAAUGUAUGGGAGCAAAAAGCGUAUUGCGGAAGGUGCUUCAGCUAAUGUCCCAUGCAGCACAAAUAACUGGACAGUUCCUUCUCUAUACUGGAACAUAUAUGUUGCAGUUGAUGGGUGAGUAUGACGAAGAUGGCACGUGUACAAGAUCAAGGCGGGAGUAGUGAGCACAGCUGCACUUCUGAUAUCGGAUCCUUUUGUUUAAAGACAUUCUCUUGCCCAGCGUUGAUUGUAAUGAUGUUAUAGUAGGGGGAUGUCCACUGAUGUGAACUAACAUUUUUCCAAUUUGGGAAUGCUUGUAGGCCUUAGUCAUAAAAUCUUUGGUGUUCACAGGCUCUUAACACAGCAAAAGGAUGGGUGCCUAAUGUCUAAGAAUUCGGCAAAAGAAGACAGGGCAGGUUUUUGCCCUGGCAACUCAAAAUGGAGAAUAAGUGUACUUGGAAACUUGCAUGCUUUGUAACCAGUGGAACAUUUCUUGCACUGAUCAAAACAUUGUUUGGUUGGGGUUUUUUCAUGGCUGUCUACUUGCCUUCUGAACAGACUGGACUGUAAGACGGGAGCAGGGGGGGCUGUGGUUUUUUGGUUUUAAUCCUUAACAGUGCUGGUAUUAGUGUCCAACUGGCAUUGAGGUACAAAAGGGUGAAGUGUACUUACUCCUGCUAACAAUGGAACUACACAAUACAACUGAAUCCGGGUUCAGUGACUGACUACUCUCAUGAAGUCUAAUUGGAGAAAGUGCAACUACUAAGCAGAAGCUUAAAAUUUAGCCUUACUCCCCAUAAAACGAGUAAAAACAUUUCAUUAUAACUCUAUAUUUUUCUUCAAAUCCAUGGAAAGUUCAGAUUAGUAUAGCUCAUACCAGUUGAAGAACCCAAUAUAUUUCUUUAAUGGGUCUGAUGUCCAGUUCUGCCUGAAGUAUUGAAUAAUUUGCCAUAGUUUCCUGAAUAUGGCUUAUAAGCAACCUGCUGAAGCUUCCUUCAAGGGUUAAACCAUCACUUCUGUAGUUUUUACUGUUCAGUUACAAGAUGACAUUACAUCCCAAACUGUACUUGAGGUACAUGUAAGAGAUACUGGAUUCUGAUGCCCCUGUGUUCAGGGGAGAGCAUCAGGACACUGUCUAGUCUUGUGUAACAUACAUAUGCUCUAAACUGGAUGUUUGCAGUUUUAUAGUCUCCCAAGACAAGCUGUAUUAAAGGGCAAAGUUUUUAAUCCUUAGGUAGAAUUGUCCAUAAAGUUUUCUACAGUUCAGUGAACUGCUAGUAUGACCAGCUGCCAGCAAGCUUUUCCUCAACAGUGUAGAAAACUGGAAAAUGAGCAGUUAGGCAUCUUGUGUCAAAAUACAAACUCCCAUUGCUGAAGGGAAAAAGCCCAACUUUGACUUUUCAUAGGUGUGGCUUUUGAGGUUUUCAUUUGCUUGCUCAUGAAGAAUUUUAGUAAGUUAUAUUCUUGCUUAUGACUGAAAGCUAUUAAGGAGACAGCAGAUACAGGUAAAGGUGUCUAACCUGGUGGCAGGUGCCACCUAGGAAAAGAAGCUCUGGUGACAGAGUGAACAAGUGGGGCAGGGGAAGAAAGCAGUGGCAGCGAAAGGAAAAAGACCAUGUGGACCUCACAGUGCUUGCCAUGCCUCUGCUGAGACAAGAAUCCAUUAACUAUGUGCCUCAAUUGCACUGAUCUGUUGGAGGAAAACCUAAUCUGCUCAAAGAGGAGCAGGUGGACUGAAAAACGAAGCAUCACGGUCGGUGGGAUCUAUUUUGACCUGUCAGCUGGGUCUGUUCACUUCAAAUGUCGCUAAUAUAUGGGAAUAUUGUUCUUUUUUAUCUGCAAAUUUCACCUUCAUAUGCUUAUUUUUGCCUUCCCUUUAUGGAUGUGACUUAGCUGGAGCUGCAUCUUUCAGAUCACUGCUGUGAUGAAAAGCAGCCUAAAUCCAAGUGUUAAAGGGACUGAUGGAUGCAAGCUUGGUAGGUCUCCGCCUGUCUCUUCAGUAAUGGUAUUACAAAUAAGUAGACAGCUAAGAAAAACUUUGGGUUUUUGCUGAUUUCUGUUGUUUCCCAUCUACUUCUGAGUGUUUGCUGGAGGAGGCAAGAGGGCAUACUGCUCCAGACAAGGGGAGGACUUGUUCUUUCGUAAUUUCUUACAGGGAAGAGUGCCUGUACCUUGCAGCACUGUCAGGUUUCCUUCAGAAGAAAACACUAAACUAUUCUGUCUGUAAUGAGAAAGAGGUUAUAUUAAAAGGGAAGCUUUAUACUUCAUCUAUAUUGUUCUUGACACCUUCCCCCCCAUGAUUGUUGCCAUGGUAACUGUUGGCCAAAGUCUUUCUACCCCUAUCAAGGAAUUGCAUUUAACUGGUGCAGUGCAAGGACUUUGUCAUUAAGUCUUUCAGCUUUCAAAGACCAUAUAUUCUAUAAAAACAAGUACACCUCUUGAAAGCAAACUCUAUGUAAUGGUCCUAAGAAUAUUUAUGUUGCUAACAAUGGAAGCACCAACAUUAAAAAAAACCAAAACAACUUGCAUAGUUCAAUAUUGCUUUGUGUGAAUUGCUUCUUCAAUAUCUGCAAUACAAAAACUUUUGUAAGUCUGAACUGUGCAGAUCUCAAUUUCCAGUCACCUAUAGCCAGAGGCAAUUGUUACAGAACUAACAUUCCAUAGUUCCCAAUGGCACUGAGAAUCUAACGUGAUCUAAAAUGCUAACUCUGUAUGAAUUUGCAAUGUUUUUAAGCAGCUGCUUCUUUGACAGCUUAACACUUAAAACUUGAGCUGCUGAAGGUCAUGUGAGCUGCAGUCUCCAUCUCAGAGCAUCUCCCUCUAAUUCAAAAUGCAAACAGCUGAACAAAGUAACUCAGCUUUGAUAUUUUCUCAGAAUGGGAUAAGUGUCUUGGAAGUUGUAAGUGUCUGAAAUUGUUUCAUUGCUUCUGAAUCUGGAUUUUGCCACAGGCUCAGUAUUUGGGGGAUGGUAUUUGCUACUGUACCAACUUCUUUCCAGAGAUAAAGUUUUGGCUUUGGGUCAAACUGGACGAGUUUGUCAUUCUCUGAGUUGGAACCAGUUUGGGGUUGGUUUUUUUGUUGGUUUUUGGUUUUGUUUUGUUUUUUUUUUUACAGACUGCUUAGGAGGCGUAGCUUUUACUUCAGCUGUAUCUGGUCCACAGCAAAGAACUUCAGCAUUAUCUACCUUUCAGAAAAUGUUAUACAAGUGGUGUACAAUAUCUAGCAAGAGACAGAAAAACUAAAAGCACAGGCUCUUAACUGCAGGUAUGUAGAGAAGAAGCUAGCUUUUCUACUUGACAUUUUUAGCUUUAAUUUUUCUUUCCAUAAAUUCAGUUAAUCUGCUCAUGUUACUGUUGCAGUCAAGGCUGGUAGCAGUGACACGUUGAAGGUAUGAAACGUGUUUACUGCCUCCUUGCUUGCACUGGCCCUUUUUGCCUGUUGCUUUGCAUCACUUACUAACAAUGCACCAAGUCAUACUCUAGUUACCAAAAAAGGAAUUUUCACUGAAGUACUCAAUCUUGUUGACUCAGGCACUGUUCAUGUUCUGCAGGCAAAACAAAGUGGCUGUCUUCAUGACUAGAAUGAAGUAUCUAGUAGCUUUUUUGUGUGUAAUUUAUCAUUACUUCAUUUCCUUCCUUUCAUAAACCCAUGAAGUUUUGCUUUCUUGCACCUUCCUAUUCUUUCAGGAGAAAUAAGGGUAACAAGCUCUUCUGUCCAGGGGGAGAGGAAAAGGCAGGGUCUAAAUUCCUUAGACCAUUUGGAAUAUGCUCUGGGAAACAUCCUGAAUCCCUUCCCUACAGAGAAGGGAAGGGUAAAGAAAGGAAAAUAGGACUUUGAGCUGGAAGUUUUUUCAGUACAGUGAGUAGAGAGGUAGGUGUUCACAAUUUAGGAAAUGUUGGUAAUUCUGAAUAUUAACUGUGAAGAUAACUGCAGAUGAUCAUUUGUAACUGACUAGAAUUAUAACUAAAUCAUUUCAGCAUGCUUCUUCCUGAGAUAGCACUUGAACUACAGGCACAAGCUUCUUUAAUUAAAAACAAAAAAAAGGAUAAAACCAAAGUACAAAGUGUAUUUUUUUACUUGAUGCCUCAAGUUUUACCAGAGGUAUUAAUGUGAUUAACACACCACUUCGGUUAUGUAUUAAUAAGUAUCCUUGUGGGGUUUAGAGUUUAUUACUGCUUUUUCUACCUUACCUCGUCAUAUAUGUAGCUAAGAUAUUUAUAAACAUGAGGAUUGCUAUUUUGCUAAGGGAAAAGAUAGUAUUUUACCACUUCACAAUUUUUAAGCUCAGUAGUUGAACUUGCUAUGAAAAUUGAGAUGGGUGAGAAUUAUGUACCAGUAAUGGCAAUAUUUUCUGACGUGUGGUGCCAAUUUUAAGGAACACUGUCCAUGAGUAAAUAAAAUCAAAUGGUGGCUUUGGA